ACUGACAUACUACACUACAAACACAAACACUACAAAACAAACACAGACUACAGAGAGCAGAGCAGUCAUCCAUCAAAAAGACAGAGUCAAAGUCAAGUCACCCACACGGAAACACGAAGCUAGAUAAUUUUUAAAUGGCUGCUGGCAGCAUUGAUUUGGUUGAUGAAGAUGCGGCUGAUUUACAAUUUCCCAAAGAGUUUGAAAAUGCAGAAACGCUUCUGAUCUCGGAAGUUCACAUGCUGCUGGAACAUCGGAAAGCUCAGAAUGAGAGUGCUGAAGAGGAGCAAGAGUUUUCCGAUGUGUUCAUGAAAACACUGACCUAUACGGAUAGAUUCCGCAAGUUCAAGAAUAAAGAGAUCAUUGCCUCUGUUCGGAAUUUACUAACUCAGAAGAAGCUUCACAAGUUUGAGCUGGCCUCCAUCGCAAACCUUUGUCCCGAAACUCCAGAGGAAGGCAAAGCUCUCAUUCCCAGUUUGGAAGGCCGGUUUGAGGAUGAAGAACUAAGACAGAUCCUGGAUGAUAUACAAACAAAAAGAAGUUUGCAGUAUUAAUUAUAUUUUGUGUGUCAAGGUUUCAAGAGUGACUUGGUGGUAAUGUAGAUUUCAUAAGUUUUUAUUAUUUUUAAAUAAAGUGUAUCAAAUUUUAA